UUGGCGACCCGUCGCCAUUAGUGCAAGCUCGUCGUUUCGGAUAUAUUUUUUGAUCAAAAUCUCUGAAUUGCGACGAUUUCCAUCUUUUGGAAAACAUUUAACGCCUUGUUAAGGGCAUUUUGUUUUCCUUAACAAGUAAAAACCUUAAAUUCGGGGAGUCUUGGCCCCGCGUGGCGAGCUUUCGUCCUCUCUUCCAACAGUCUGCAUAACUUGAGACGCCGAUAUCGUGUCUCUUAUUUUUUCUCCGGUUGUUUUAUUGUCAAGAUGUCGCCGUGAUGGGGUCUCCGCGUUUGACAGAAAUGAAUCAGGGCCUUCGUCGCCUGACCCGCACUCACUGCAGCCCGUUUUCCCCUUUGGUUUUUCAUUUUGAUGCUAGAGAGCUCAGCGGCUCUCUACUCGGAGCUCGGCCCCAGCACCGCUCACUGCACGGAGACAAACAUGGAGAAAAACCCCAACAACAGCACCAAUACCAAGGUUCCGCCUCGUUCCAGCUCCACAGGCCCAGCACCGGCAGACUCUAAACCCAAAACAGAAAAUAAAAAUAAUGGAGGCUCCAAGCGCUACAACCGUAAGCGUGAGCCCUCCUUUCCUAAAACCGACAGUUUUCAAGGCCCUCGCCACACCAAUUCACAGAAAAGCAAGAAUUUUGACAAGAGACCCCCUCAGAGAGGUGGAGGACGACAAUAUGGAGUUACAGGUGGAGGACGACGUGAGGAGGUAGUAGAGACACGCCGGGCCGAGUUUAGCCCGGCUCAGUUUGCUGGACCGAAAAAAAUAAGCCUCAACCACCUGCUGAACUUCACCUUUGAACCCCGUGGAGGUAAUGGUGGCAUCGGAGAUGGGGGCUCCUCCGGUUGGGGCCGCCGAAACAAAUGGGGCCACAAGCACAAGCCCUUCAACAAGGAGCUUUUUCUGCAGGCCAAUUGCCAGUUUGUGGUGACUGAUGACCAGGACUAUAAGGCUCACUUCACUGAUCCAGACACUCUGGUCAACUGGGACUGUGUGCAGCAAGUGCGCAUCUACAGUCAUGAGGUGCCGUCUUGCCCUAUCUGCCUCUACCCUCCUUUGGCAGCACACAUCACCCGGUGUGGACACAUCUUCUGCUGGCCAUGCAUGCUGCACUACCUGUCUCUUGGCGACAAGAGCUGGUCAAAGUGCCCCAUCUGCUAUGAAGCAGUUCACACCGCUGACCUGAAGAGUGUGGUUGCUAUGGAGACCAGGCAGUAUGCGGUCGGUGACGUAAUCACCAUGCGCCUGAUGCAGAGGGAAAAGGGGGCUCUGGUGGCCAUGCCGAGCUCUCAGUGGGUGAAGGUGGAGGAGCCUGUUCGCUUUGGUGAUGCAUGUCUAAGCCCGUACUCCAAGCUGCUGCUGACCUCCCCGGUGCAGGUUCUGAGCCUGUUGGCAGAGGAGAAGGCUGUCCUGCAGGCUCAGCUGAGCCAAGAAGGGGACGCCCAAGGGUGUUUCAUCCAGAGCGCCCUUUGUCUUUUGCAGGAGCGAGAGGAAAUGCUACUGAAGCAGCAGAAGGCAAAUGUGGAAGACAGCCUUGAUCUGUCCUCUCUAACUCUGGAAGAACCUUCUUCUCCUGUGGAGGAAGUGGUUUCUAACAUCAGCAGCACCAAGCCAGUGCUGCAGUACUCCUCUGCAUUUGAUGACGAGGUGGCGGAGGUCCCAGAGGAUGCCACUGCAGAGCUUCCAGGCUUUCCUGAAAGUAUUUUGGAGAGUGUCCUAGAAGAGCCUCCAGAGGCUAUGAUGGAUGCAGCCCCAGAGCCCCAGCCUGAUGAGGAGAUCCCUGCCAGCCAGACAGAUUCAGGCCGCCCUUCAACCAGCGUAGUGCAUGGACCCUUUUACUAUUUCUACCAAGCUGACGACUGCCAGCAGAUGUUCCUGCAUCCUGUGAAUGUACGCUGUCUGUUGCGUGAGUACGGCAGCUUGGAGGCCAGCCCUGACUCCAUCACUGCCAGAGUGGUGGAGAUAGUGGGACACACAGUCACUGAGGAGAUCCGUCGUCGGCAUCGCUAUCUGGCUCAUCUGCCUCUCACAUGCGAGUUCAGCAUCUGUGAAUUAGCCCUGCAGCCACCAAUCUUGUCCAAAGAAACCCUGGACACAUUCGCAGAUGACUUGGAGAAGAGAAAGCGCCUGAGGCAGAAGAAAGUGAGGGAUGAGAAGCGCAGGGAGAAGCGAAUUGAAAUUGAGGAGAACAAGAAGCAGGGUAAAUAUCCUGAGGUGCAUAUUGGAUUGGAGAACCUUCACCAUUUCCCAGCAUUCGGGUCUCCUCCUCACAACAGCAGCCCCCCAGUACAGCCUGACUUUACAUUUGCCCCCCCUUCACCCCUCAGCAGCAGUCCUUCCUCUGAUGGGAUGAGAUUCCCAAGUCUGAAUGCGCAAAGCUCUUCACCUAUUGUGGGUAGUGUGGAGGAUGACUCCCACUGUAUGUCCUUUGCACAGAUGCUAAGAGAUGGGAAAGCCAGAGUUGAUGCUGGGCCCAGGAUCACUCCAAAGAAAGAUAAACUGCUAGCUCCCCCAUCAGCAGACAGCGACGGAGAGAGUGACGGGUCCGACCGUGUCCCUGUGCCCAGCUUCCAAAACUCCUUCAGCCAGGCCUUUGAGAAGGCACUUCUGCAGCUGGACAAUGGUGCAGCUUCUCCUCCACAACCUGUGGUCGAUGCAGAUGAGAAAGGAGGGAAAAAGAAGAAGAAAAAGCAGAAGCUUCUGUUCAGCACAUCCAUGGUUCACACAAAGUAGACAACACUGAAGUUCAUUUAAUCAUCCUGUUUCUUGAGUUGAUCCUCCCACUGCUGGUGUGUUUUUUUUACUUCCAUGAAGAACUUUCUUGGAACUAUAAACUAUGGAAAAGCGUUUUAGUAUGUAGCCAAAGUUCAUGCUGCUUUCAGUCAUUGUUCUGUGGGCUUGAUCCAUUUUUUGGUGACAUGCCAUCAGUUUAAUUUACAUAAAUUUUCAUUGCACAGCUAGGUCAAAGCUUUGCAGCUACCUCCUGUCACAGUGAAAGCCGUAUGGAUACAUUUUGUUCAGAUGCUAAAGCAAGGGAUACAACAAGGUGCUGGCUUUCAUUUUGUAUGCUUUUAGGCUUUUCCUGCCUUCCAGAGACCUGACUUUCGUCACAGUGGUUGCUUUAUGAUGUCCAACUUUUCUGAGUUGAAGUUGAACCUAAGCGUCUAGGAUCCAUGAGUAAUAUUGAUAAGAUAAUUCUUGGUGCUUUAUAAUAGAGUAGCAGUCAGCCAGCUGCAGAUACAUUGCACCUUUAUAUCUUUCCAAGGUACUCAGUGCUCAGAUAUCAGCCUGGAACUUCAGCUUAGAACAGAUGGAAACAAAUAACUAUGGAUAAAUUUCAGUGUUUACCACAGGUAAUAAUUUGGGUUAGAGCUUCAUUACCCUUCAAGAGGAUAGAUUUUGGGAUUAAGGUCAAUGCCCUGGUAUUCUGUAACAACAACAUGAAUACAUAAUGUUGUAGUAACAUUGUGAGGAAGUAAAAACACAGUAUUGUAUUAAAGAGGUGAGGUCUGUUGGCUCAGCAGAACUCCAGUAUAUCUUGCGUGGUUAAAGCAGUACGCACUUUCUUCUAAUUCAGUUUCUCCUCUGUGUCAUCUUCUGUUGUAGAAGGUUUACUAACUUUAACAUUACGCCCCCAGUUUAAUUUCAGUGUUGAAAAUGUGUGAAAUUGGAGAAUUUCUGACAUUUAAAGAAUGCUUCUGAGACCUGAAGAGAAGCCCAUUGAAAGUUUGUUUUGUUUGAGGGUUCUUUAAUUCACCUUUAAUUUUGAGCAGGUUCAAAGACUAGUGAAAUAACUAGUCUGAUGAAAUAAAUAAACAAUUAUGCACAAUCAA